AUGUAUUUGGAUUUAUCCCAUAACGUUAUCAAGGAAAUUGCUAAUUUUGAACUUAUGAAUUUACCAUUACUUAAGGAACUAAGAAUAAAUAACAACCAAAUAAAUUACAUAGCACCGAUGGCAUUUAUGAAUGUACCACUUCUGGAACAUCUCUACCUAAAGAAUAAUUUAAUUUCUUCUAUUGAAACGGGACGUCUUUUCCAAGUCUUCAAAAACCUUGAAGUUCUGGAUCUAUCUGAAAAUAUGCUUACUAAGGUACCAUCGUUCAAAGAAUUAUUUAAUCUACGUCAAAUUCAUCUCAAUCACAAUAAAAUCUCAAAAAUUGAGACACUUGCAUUCAGUUCCAACAAAAAGCUUCAACUCAUCAGCUUACAGAACAAUCAAAUUACAGCGAUGUCACGGAACAGUUUCGAUUCAUUGGAUGAGCUUGUCAUUCUCAACUUAGCUAAUAAUGCCAUCAAGAAGAUUGAACGCGUAAUGCUUGAUGGAAUGCGAAAUUUGCAACAACUUAAUUUACGAAAUAAUUCCCUCAGUGUGUUGGAAAACUUGACGUUUACAUCAGUUUCACAAAUAACAACUCUUGAUCUGGCACAUAAUGAUAUUCAUACAAUUGAGAAAAAUGUAUUCACGCCAUUUAAGGACAUAUUCUGGCUCGAUUUAUCUUCUAACCUCAUCAAAACAAUAGAAAAGGAUACAUUCAAAAAAAAGAUAGCUAACAUUUUGCUAAAUGAUAAUCCACUUUACUGCGAUGAAAAAUUGGAUUGGCUGGUGAGUUAUUUGGUGGAAAAUCAAGUGCGAACCUUCUUACCUUAUCAGACUGAGGUAUUGUGCGCUGGACCGGAAAAAUAUACCGGUGUUCGACUAAAAGAACUGAUGAUUGUGAAAGCCAAUGAAACAAUGAGCAAAGCGAGACUUACUUUUUACGAGAACGGUCGAAGUGAUAUCGCAUUUGCGCAGCCAGCCAGUCUACUUGAGACGAUACCAGUCAUUGGUGCUUUCACCGAUACUAUUCCUUCAAUUGAAAAUAUCCCUGGUAUCAAUUACUUGCCUAAAACAAAAGGUGACGCCCAAAAAUUUAACAGUGCUAUUGAACAGCUUUCUUCACCACUGCUUCGUGCUGCAAAUGGGAAACAAUCGGGAUCAGUAGAUAUUGAACAAUAUGUCCAGACUAUUCCGAAUUUAGUUGUUAACGUACCAGGCGUAGGUGACGUCGACAUAAGCAGGCUUCCACCAGGUACAGUAGCACAUGUGUUGCGAGGUGGACAAAUUCCGGGCUUAGCUCCGGAAACUUUGGACAAAAUUAUGAAGGAAUACCUCAGACAGGCGUAUACAGCAGCAGAGACUGCCAAACGGGGAAAACUUGUACCAUCACCGGAAACGCUACCGCAGACGCUUACAACCCAAGUAAUACAAGAAACUGACAUGUCACAACAAAUACAAAACAUACGGGAUUACUAUAUAUCACAGUUGGCAAUGAGUAGUGCUUCGAACCAGUUGAAAAAUUUGUCCGUCGAAAAAUCAAAAGGUUUAUCAUCAACGCUAAUCGAAGUGAUGAGAAUGUUGCCACCCGGUUAUAAUAUUAGCAAAAUACCGAAACCGGUGAUUGAUGCUCUAUUCCGCGGCGAGGUACCUGAUUUCACGCUCCUUCCCAGUGAACUUCAACAGCGUCUUCUCAGAGAUGGACAUAGACUGAUUGCUGCGUUGUCCACCGAUGCUAAUAAAACAGUGGAAGAAAUACUACACAAUUUGCCGACAUUUAGACGUCCAAUAAAGCCUACUUUUAUCCCAUACGAUAUUAAUGAAAUGACAAAUGACCUUACCCAAACUAAACAACGAGCUGAAAAAUUGGUUCGGGUCCAGUAUUACACUGCUUUAUUACUUGGUUUUGUUGGAGCAGCUUCUAUAGCAGUUUUGGGUUUAAUAUGUAUAUAUAUGAAACGAAAACGCCUGAUAGAUACGGAACCAAACAUCGAUGAAGAUUCACUAGUGAAUCCGAGUCAAAUGUCACAACCACAACAACUAACCACAAGUGGAUUAAAGAUGGAUACUCCUCCUCUUACAAAGCAUCGUCAGAGUGGUUUUGGUUUGGUUACAGGGAAGAAGGAAGGUAACGGUGCGUUAGAGGAAGGAACGGAUGAAAGGAAGGGGGAAAGUGUUGUAGAAAGACAGGCAGAUAGCUAG